CUUCUUCUUCGGCGUAACUUCAGCUAGAAUGUUGACGUAGCGUCGCCCGGUGCAGCGAAAUUUACGCACAAAACUCCGCAAAGCAGUAAUGGUGAAUUCUGUGUUUAUGUGGCUACGCUGGCGCUUUUUGACAGUGGGUGGCGGUGUUGAAGAAUCAGCGAGAAGUUAUGGCGUUUUUUCACUGGAAAAGAGCAGAAGAAGACAGCCCACCAGGAAAUGCAAGGAAAACGCAAGAGCGUUUCACGCCAAGCCUCUUGCUGAUGUUGACCCAAAGUGCCUCCUGUAUGUCCAACAAAGAGAGUUUGCUGCAACCACACCAGCAGACAAUUAUGUUUCUGUCAUUGGAUCUGAUGAUGCCACCACCUGCCAUUUAGUUGUGCUGAGACACACAGGAAGUGGAGCUGUUUGCCUUGCACACUGUGAUGGUUCCAGCACCUGGAGUGAAGUGCCACUCAUUGUGAAAGCUGUCACAUCCUUGAGUAACUUCUCAAAGGAGGGCAGACUUGAGCUCCAUCUUGUCGGGGGAUUUAACGAUGAGUCAAAGACAUCCCAUAAACUCAGCCUUAGCCUUUUGGCGGCAUUCCAUAAACAGAAAGAAGAUAUUCACCUAGAAACAUGCUGCAUCACAGAAAUGAAUGACAUGGUUGCCGAUGGAACUCACAGACCUGUGGUGUAUGGAAUAGGUGUCAAUGUUAAAACGGGGGAUGUGUUCCCUGCCGCGUUCCCUUACAAAGGACCUGCAGAGCAGCUGCGUUCAGCACGGACCUUCACCGGGGGACAGAUGGCUGACAUAUAUGACUCAAGUCGUGGACUAGUUAAAAUCGGCCCCUGCAAGUGGUCUCCGAAUCUGGAUAUUGCCUUCUGGCUGUCACAAAACGAUGACACCAUUUUAAAGUACCUGUCCACUUCUCCGAUGGCUGAACCUCCACACUUUGUUCAGCACAUCAAGUCCACCAUCCAGUUCCUCCUGGAGCAUCCAAACUCUGACAGCCUGUUCCCCGGAGGGCAGCCCCAGCUCUACCACAGGACUGAGCAGGGGGACUGGGAGAGGGCCACACAGCCCUAGAGCCCCGCUCCCAUCCUCCAACUUAACUCUAAGAAGGAACAUGAUUGUUUUGCCUCUCAACUUAUUGGAUACACUGUGACUCCACCCCUACGUUUUCUUUUUUUCUCAUCGUGGCUUAAUAUGAAGUGUGUGUGUGUGUGUGUGUGUGUGUGUGUGUGUGUGUGUGUGUGUGUGUGUGUGUGUGUGUGUGUGUGUGUGUGUGUGUGUGUGUGUGUGUGUGUGUGUGUGUGUGUGUGUGUUAAAUUGAUGAGAAUGGCUCACCUGACUCCACUGGCUGGCCCAGUAGAGAGACUAAAGGAAGUACAAGCCAUUCUAUUAAUGCCUGGAGUCAUUAUGUUUCCACUCUUCUGAGGACAAAAUCUGCACUUUACUCCUCCCAUUAGGUCAUGAUCACAAGCAAGUUGUAGUUUUGCAAUGCAAGUCUUUUGUUUUCCAGUGUCCAGCUAGUGUAUGGGUUAACCUGCUGUUAAAGAACAGUGACAGAGGGGAGCCUACUGCAACAAUAUGAGUGAAGGCUGAAUUAUUUUGAAAUGUGCUCAAGAGAGAAUGUAAUUUGCUAAAUUGAGGACUUUUAAAAAGCAAAACGAGGUUCAGAUUUCUGAACAAAUGCACUUUCCUGAUAAGAGUGGAAUCCAGAAUCAUCACAUACAUGAUGCCGCUGUAUACUCUGCUAUGAAUGCAUAUGUUGAAGAAUCUGCAUGUGUAUGGUGUGUAAUGUAUUUGGCAAGGGGUAUUGAUUCAUGUUCAGUUCAGUAGGCUAUCAUUUUCCCUGUAUUUUUUUUCUCUCCAAACUUUGGAAAAAUAUCACAUUUAGAUAUCAUAGGGCCGCGUUGAAUUGAAGGCCUUUCCUUCAGCAGACGUAUUAAAGCAGUUUGCUGUAAGGUGCAUUCUUCGGCCGAACAUGUUAAUUUUCUGGAGGGGAUGUACAUUUUGCUGAAUAAAUGUAAAUAUGGCCACAUCUGA